GUUUGUGUGUCAAUUAUUAGUAAAAGUCUGGAAUUUGUAAGAAACAAAGAGUUUUAAACAAUGGGGUUUUGUUCUUUUUACAAAGUGUUUUAAUUUUUGUUCAUGAUGUUAGAUGGUUUUUAAGAACAUGGAAGGUGAUGUUGGAUUUUAUGAUGAUGCUGCCAUGGAUAUGGAUUUCAUUGAUGAACUCUUAUUUGAAGGUUUCAACAUAAAUUCGGAUCGAGGACAGGCUAGUCUGGACCUUUGUCGAUCUGAAAACCGAGCAGUUACAUCUAUGUCUCGACUAAUGCAGGCUGUUUUGUAUUUGAAGGAAUCAACAAAAGGUAGAGAUGGUGUGCUUAUACAAAUUUGGGUGCCUGUUAAAAAAGGAGACAAGCAUGUUCUUACAACCCAAGGCCAGCCUUACUCGUUGAAUACGAAUUGUAAGAGUCUCGAAAUCUUUCGAGAUGUUUCAGAAUCAUACAGCUUCCCGGCCGAGGAGGAUUCGGAGGGACCGAUUGGGUUGCCUGGUCGUGUUUUUUUGGGGAAGUUGCCUGAAUGGACACCUGAUGUUCGUUUCUUUAGAAGAGACGAAUAUCGGCGUGUCGGGUUGGCGCAAAAGUACAAUGUUGGUGGAUCGUUUGCUCUUCCUUUUUUCGAACAAGGGAGUGGAACUUGUUUGGGCGUUGUCGAGAUCGUCUCGUGUACUCAAAAGAUCAAUUAUCGGCCCGAACUCGAACAUGUCUGCAAAGCUCUCGAGGCUGUUGAUCUAAGGAGCUCACAUUGCUUUACUCCCCCUAAUGUUAAGGGUUAUAACGAGUUAUAUCGAGUCGCAUUGCCUGAGAUAACCGAGGUUCUAAGAUCCAUCUGCAAGAGAUAUGAACUGCCUUUGGCUCUAACAUGGGCACCAUCCCAGCAUUCCGAUAAGAACUUUUAUUGUUGCGUUUCGACCUCGGGUUCCUUUUGUUUCGUGGCUGAUGAAGGCCUUACGGGAUUCCUAGAAGCGUGUUCCGAACACCAGUUGUUUCGAGGCCAAGGUAUUGUUGGUAGAGCGUUUACGACGAACAAACAAUGUUUCGCAACUGAUAUAACGGCCUUCAGUAAGACAAAUUAUCCUCUUUCUCACCAUGCUAGGAUGUUCGGGUUACGAGCUGCCGUAGCUAUCCCGCUACAAAGUGCUUUUACGGGAUCAGUUGUGUUUGUUUUGGAGCUGUUCUUACCGAAGGAUUGUCAUGACAGCGAAGCACAAAAGCGUAUGAUAAACUCAUUGUCCGGUUUUAUGCAGCAGGCUUGCCGUAGCUUGCAAGUAAUCGUGGAUAAGGAGCUUGAGGAAGAAGUUAUAUUGCCGGUUAAGGAAAUGUUCAAAUCCAAUAAAAAAGAAACUGAAGUCAGGAUUUUUUCAUCAAAAGAGGACUCUCCGGUGGAAUCGUCAUCAUGGAUUGCUCACAUGAUGGAGGCGCAAGAAAAGGGUAAAGGCAUAUCGUCCUCGUGGGAAUAUAAAAAAGAAUUGGAUUUCAGACAGGUUCACCAACAUGCUCGAACCAAUAGAGUUGACAGUGGGCAUCAGGUUUUAGACGGAAAAAAAGCAGGCGAGAAGAAACGAAAGAAGACCGAGAAAACAAUCGGCUUGCAGGAUCUUCGGCGGCACUUUGCAGGGAGUCUUAAAGAUGCUGCUAAGAGUAUUGGUGUGUGCCCGACUACCCUGAAAAGGAUAUGCAGGCAACACGGGAUCACUCGAUGGCCGUCUCGAAAAAUUAAGAAGGUAGGCCAUUCUUUAAGAAAGCUCCAAGUCGUGAUCGAAUCGGUUCAAGGUGCAGAGGGAGCCAUUCAAAUCGGGUCAUUCUAUUCGAGCUUCCCUGAACUAAGCUCACCAAACUUUUCUAACAACGUUCCUUCUUCGACAUUGAAGCUCAGUAACCACUCUAUGUCUUCAGAACCUCGACUUGAGACCGCCAUGUUUAGCCAAGAAGCCACUGCUUCGAAAUCUCCACUUUCUUCAUCCAGCCAAAGCUCCGGUUCAAGUACAUGUUGUUCCAGCGGAGCGAAACAGCAAAGUACUAGAAUCAAUGCCUUAGGUGGCAUGGAAGAUCCUGGUGGACCGCUAAAGAGUGUUAUCGGCGAUGCCAAAUUGCACGCCUCAAAUCAACACGAGAUGAAGCUACUUCAACAUCAAACCGGGGGUGACUUGAGAGUAAAAGCUAUGUUCGGACAAGUCAAGUUACUGUUCGGUUUGCAACCGAAUUGGGGCUUUAUAGACUUGCAACGAGAGAUCGCGAAGCAUUUCAAUAUCGAAGAUGUCGACAGAAUCAAUCUCAAGUACUUGGACGACGACAAUGAAUGGGUUCUUUUGACGUGCGAUGCCGACCUCGAGGAGUGUAUCGAUAUAUACAAAUCAUCUCAAACUCACACCAUCAAAAUCUCCCUUCAUCAAGCUUCGAAUCUGAAUCUAGGAAGCUCAUUCGGUUAUAGUGACCCAUUAUAAGACCAGGAUCAGCUUCCAUCGUAAGUAAUUCGAUGUAUAUUUUCCGUAUUAGUGUUACGAACAAACGUUUAUGCUUCGUUUUCAAACAAGCUAAGCGGCUUUCGCCUCUUCAAAGUGCCGUGUUAUGACCGAAUCGGAGCCGUAGUCCGAUUGAUGGAACUAUGGAAUGACAAUGAGAGGUUUGAGAAUAACAGUUGAUGCCA